ACCAAAUACCAAAGCCCCAAGGUCUUUCUUACGCAGUACGCACCCAUUAUGGCAGGAGUCUUUCCCUCUUCCAUUCCAUUAAACGCCCACUCACACUGAACAAAACCCAACACUUACACCCCAAGAAACCCCUCAAAUCCCCACAUUCUUUGUUUCGGGUUUGUAAGCCCCAUUGAAGUCUUGGCGCUAAAAUGGUCCUCCAAGAAUCCGAAACCGUGAAAUGCGAAGUGUCUGUGACUCCGCCGUCCAGCACUCCGGUCGUCGGCUGCGAAAUCAACCUUCGCGUGUGGGUCAAUAAAGGGUCUCCCAACCUCAAAGCCCCGCCACAUGCGCUCAUUUUCAGCUGGUAUCGAGAACAGAUUACUUGUUCUGUGCACCAUGCUGAGUUGGCUGCUGUUCAGUGCACAUCUUGUGUAACAUUGAAUAUACCAGUCAAGGAGAGCUACCAUUGCUCUACAAGGUGCUUCUUAGAUGCAUGGAAAAAACAUUUGGCGCGUCAUCAUCAUGCAGCUGAAGUUAUCAGUAAGAAUUUAACUGGCAAUCAAAAAUCAGCUAGAGAACUCAGGAGUUCUGGCUCUUGGCCUUCCUUUGGUAAUGGCUCAUUGUUUGAUGAGGGUGAAAUGGUGGUGGAACGAGAAGGGAAAGUAUGGAUUAAGGUGGGCUCCAUGAAAACUUACGUACCCACAAUGGAUGAUUUUGGUUUCAGCUUGAGGCUGGAAUCUGUAGCUGUAGACUGUUCACAUCAUUUUCAUUUGUCUCCAAUUAAUGUAAUAGUGACUGAUCCUGUGAUUCUUCCUCCUCGUCCUUGUCAUCGGUGUAUGAUCCCAAUUGGAUAUCUAAACAAACCUUGGAACUCAAAUCUUAAAGACCAAUCUUCUAAAGAAGCAGUUUUCAGUGUGCUAUCCUAUAACAUCCUUGCUGAUCUGUAUGCUAGCAGAGAUAAGUUCAGUUACUGCCCAACAUGGGCUCUUGUAUGGGAAUACCGUCGACAAAAUUUGCUCCGAGAGAUCAUUGAAUAUCAUGCAGAUAUCCUUUGUCUUCAGGAGGUACAGAGUGACCAUUUUGAAAGUUUCUUUAAGCCUGAGCUGGCAAAUUGUGGGUACUCGGUUUUGUACAAGAAAAAAAGCAAAGAGCUUUAUACGCCCAACCAGUAUAUAAUUGAUGGGUGUGCAACAUUCUACCGUAGUGAUCUGUUCAAAGAAAUUAAGAAAUAUGAGCUUGAGUUUGAUAAAGCGGCAUCAUCAGUGGUAGAAGCUUUGGAGCCUGGACUCAGACGUCAAGGCAGCUUCCGGCUGAUGAAGGACAAUGUUGCAUUAGUUGUUGUAUUAGAGAAACUGCAUAAUGGCAGCACCAAUGAUGCCUUCCAGUCUAGAAUAUGCGUGGCAAAUACCCACAUACAUGCAAAUCCAAAUUUUCCAGAUGUAAAAUUAUUUCAGGUUGCAUACCUUGUCAAUGGACUUGAGACAAUUGCCCAGUCACAAAUUCCUUUGUUACUUUGUGGGGAUCUUAACUCUCUUCCUGAAAGUGAUCCUCAUAUCUUUAUAGUCGUGGGCAAAACUUAUCCUAUUCGUGAUGAGGCAACGGAUCCAAUGGGUAUAUAUCAGCAUCUCAAGCUUCAGCAUUCAUUGCCUCUGGUAAGUGCAUAUGCAUCUUUCUUUCAUCCAUUUAGGGUUGAGGAACAACUGAGGAAGAUGCAUCACAGAUGCACAGAGCCUGUAUUCACCAACUUCACACAAGAUUUCUGUGGAACCUUAGAUUACAUAUUCUACUCAGCGGACUGUUUGAGAGUUGAAGGUUUGUUAGAGCUUGUUGACCAUAAAAGCGUUGCCACUGGUCUUCCAUCACCUCUCUUCUCAUCGGACCAUAUUGCCCUCAUGGCAAGUUUCAGACUCAUUCCACCUUCCGACUGGCGACCAAACCCACCACCUCUUCCUGUGAAUCCAUGGCAGACUGGCAGUAAACAGCCCCUGCGCAGAUAGGAGAGUUGUACGUUGUCUAGUUUACCUUUUACAUAUAUCUUUGUAACCACACACUGAUUGUGAUAAUUGAUGCCCAAACAACUUUGUUUCCUAUAUCAAUGAUUCAAUAUCAAGCUAGUUUUGUUGGUUUUGCA